UCGCAUCUUGAGUCGUGUACCCACUCGAGGCAGUAGCUCAUUAUAUUGCCGACAUAGCGCCAUACAGAUGCAGGACGGCACGUAACACCAUUUGCAAUAUGUGGAACCGUAUCAGUGGACACGCCCUUUGGUUAUGCACUCAGCACGUUUUAUUAGUUGUCUUAUUACUGGGAUGCUGCCAUCUACCGUCGGUUGAAUCGGACCCAACCCUGACGCAUAGAUGGGCGGUUACAUAUGGAGAAUGUAGUCAGACAUGCGGUGGAGGUACACAAAUCCUUGUCAAAAGCUGUUACACAUUGGCCACGAACUCACAGCCCUCACAGACGGCACCCAUUAGCUACUGCAGUGGACUGGACCACCCACCAGAACCAACCGUUCGAUCAUGCAGCACACAACCAUGCACAAUGUGUGAUCGUACUUACACUGCCCUCAGUGGAGCGCUGUCAUCACCAUAUUGGCCUGAUAAAUCAUCAAUACCCAGGUACUGUCGGCUUGUGAUAGAUAUUGAACCUGAUAAGAGGAUCUUGUUGGCCUUCCAUGAGUUUACCCUCGAGGGUAUAGAUCUGUUUAGUCCCUCCAAGACUGAAGAAGAUGUCUGCUUGUGUGGUGUGCUCGUGGAGAUACGGGAUGAUGGUGGGCGCAUGAAUCGUUACUGUGGAACCAAGAAACCGUUUGCUUGGGUCUCUGAGACGGAUACAGUAACGCUGGAAUUUAUCACACCCUAUUCUCUCGUCUUUAAUCGCUUCCUUGCAUCUUAUACCACCAUCGAUACAAAACCAAGUUGCUAUCGCUUCAUUGACCUGACCGGCCUCCAUACCGGUCUCGAGGCAGAUGGAAUCACUGAGGUUCCUUUGCCUCAAAAAGGCUUCCUGCACUCGUUGAACUUCCCGAACGCCUAUCCCGACAACCAGAACUGCGAGUACGUUCUCCAUGGCAAUCCAGAGCAUCGCAUCGUGCUGUACUUUGACGAGUUUGAGCUAGAACCUGGUCCGGCAUGCGAGGCUGACUAUGUCAAGAUUGAGGAUUUCUACAGUCGGCGCUCUAACGUCUACUGCGGCAAACAUCACUCUUUCUCCUGGAUCUCUGAUAGCAAUGAAGUCUGGAUCACGUUCAGAUCCAACGCCAAUCAAGUCUACACCGGUUUCCUUCUGGCCUACGAACUCAUGGAUCGGGAAGGAAAUGAGACGAUCGCGCUAGAAGAAGAGUCCGGUUUCUUUGUGUCGCCUGGUUACCCUCUGAUCUACGAGUCGGACGCGUCGGCGGAAUACGCCAUCCGCACUGACCCUAGCAAGCUCCUCGUCGUGACCUUCCACGACUUCCAGCUGGAGAGAGACGACUACCCCGCUCCGCUGCCUGUGGGGAUUCUGGAGAUGGACAAGCGAAGCACGUUGAACGAGCAUCAGAAUCACUACGGCGACCGAUACGACUUAUGUGUUGAUUACGUCAAGAUCAUCGACAUUUUCGACAAUCAUGUGGAAACGUACUGUGGGCGGAUCCCGGUGUUUAGCUAUAUCUCCCGUGGCAACGAGAUCCUGGUCCAGUUUAAGACCGAUCUGAACAUGAACUACAGAGGCUUCAACGCGUCUUACAGGUCCAUCUCUAGAAGAACACCAAAUGAUUGGGAACUUGUCUACCGAGUGGCAAAAGGAGGCGAAACCGAGGCUCUUGAUAAGUUCCUGAUGCAGGAUCGGGGCUACAGCGAGUCUGACCCCAAUGCAAAGGGAACCACAAUUACUCGCUCUCUUGCUACCUUCAAGGAUUCAGAUGUCCCAAAUUGGGAGAAUAUCGGAAUCAGAAAAGUCAAAGUUGACGCCUAUAAGUCGGGAAGCAUCAUAGCAACUUUCCGCUUUGAUGGCCAUGGCACAAGUCUCAGUGACUGGUUUAGUUGCGAGAAGAUGACCUACAGCGGUUACGACGACCUCAACUCAAAAGAUUGUGGUGGUCUCGUGUUUGGCCUUACAGGAAUGCCGCCGGAGUUUGAAAUCACAACAACAAUUGCCAACGGCAAGACGUGCGAUGAUGACAUGGAUCAUAGGGUGUGGCUCGAUGUCCAAGAUGUUGCGGAAGAGGGGGAUUGUACAUACGAGGAGCCGGAAAUUGAUAUCAACUCCAUCAUCUUCGUUAGCAGCGCUACGACGGGAGGGGAAACUGCAACGGGAGCAAACAUAGCCGAAGCAGACGUGUUCACCAUCUGGGUUCAAAAAGAUUGCGAUGAAAGAAUCUCGCCAGCCAGGGACAGCCCUGUAAACAUUGCUUCCAAGGGGCACGAUGAGCUUGACUACAACAAUAACGAGUAUUGCGAUCUCUAUCUGAGUGUCCAUCCGUUUGAUCGGCUCGCGAUUGAAUUCACCGAUUUUGAGCUGGAAGAAGAUGAGUGUCUCGCAAAUGAUUACGUCCAGAUUGAGAACAUAGAAACGGCCUUUGCGCAGAUCUUCUGUGGUGUUCAACACCAAGUAGUAUGGACCGCUACUGCGAAUGCUGCCAUCUUGAGGUUCAGAACGGACAGUGUGGUAACGUACAAUGGUUGGGGUGCCAGUGUGAGAGCAGAACGGCGAAAUUUGGAAGAUUGUUCCACCGUCACCGUGAACCCAACCGGCAACGUGACCAAUCCCGAUUACCCCAACUCACUCCAGGAUUAUCGCUACUACGCCUGCGAGUUCAUCGUACACGCCCAUCCGGAGGACCGAGUUAUCUUCUCAUUCUCGCGUUUCAUCUUUGAGACAGAGAACCCACCAGAGUUGCAGAUUGACCCAAGGUCAACCCGGGCCAACUUCAUCGAUGUGUCGGGUCGUCUCUACCCCUUCUCUUGGACCUCUGAUACCAACGAGCUAGCGCUUAUCUACCACGCCCCUCUUCCCUACCGGACCUACAUAUUCUUUGAGGGCGACUACCGCACCCUAGAGGCUCCUCGACCGGCCACCUGCCAACGGUUUGCGGAUGCCGAUCUGGGAGGGACGUUCUCCUGGCCGACGGAAUCUCUGUCGACCGGUCUGCAGAACUGUUACGUGAUCGUGAGGUCCGACCCAGUCGAGCAUAGACGAGUCCAGAUAAUCUUUGACAAUCUUAAGAUGCCCCAGUCGGAUUGCAAUAGCUACAUCAAUACUCUUGAUACCACUACAAGGCGUAACGACAUGUAUUGUCAGAGAAUCCGCAUCCCCUUCGCAUGGACCUCAGAUGCCAAUGAGGUCGUGAUUAAAUUUUUCCAUGGGCCGACCUUCGCUCUCCACCAGGUCAACGUACUUUACAGGAGCCGAGCAAGGGUUCGUCCUGAAGAUGCCAAAGUGUUGACGGCUCUGACGGGCGGUGACUUCAGCAGCCCCAACUACCCCCAACCCUACGAUUCACAAUCCAAGAAGGAGUACCUCUUGCACGCCCCUGCAGAACAUCUCGUCAUUGUUGUCUUCAAAGACUUCUCGGUUGAAGGUGCCAUAGAACCAAGUCCUCUUAUAGAGCCUGUAUUAAGGCCUGGCCGUAGCGUGGAGGACCUCUCCGCUCACUACAAACACAUGUACAAGAGGCAGACGAUAGUAGAGCCACCUACACCUGAAUGCCGCUACGACUAUGUUUCGGUUGAAGACGUACUGGUGAACACGGAGACCAAGUACUGCGGGGAUCAGCAACCGUUUGGUGUGGCGACUCAGGGCAACGAGGCCCUAGUCCUGUUCCUGACUGAUGAGACCGUUGAGAAACGAGGAUUCACCGCUCUCUAUGCUUUUGAGCCUCGACCGGCUAUAUCAGACUGCGGUACGCUGCAAACCGCGGACCAGGGCAUCCUCCAGUCUCCGAACUACCCUAACUACUACCCGGACGGGGCAUACUGCCGAGACGUGAUACAGGUGGACCCAAAGAACCGCAUCGUUAUCGACUUUCGUUUCUUGAACUUGGAGGAUGAUAUCACCUGCAGUAAAGACUACCUUGAGGUGCGUGAUGUAGUAACGGGGAGAGCGGAGAGGUACUGUGGACACAAGGCUACAGCCUUCCAAUGGAAGUCGGACACCAACCUGGUCUUCCUGACGUUCGUCAGCGACAAUGCCAACAGCGAUCCUGGAUACGAUGCAGGAUACACCAUAGAGGAUAGAUCAGAUGAACCUACCUGCGUGCACACCAUCACGGCAACGUCCGGUACCAUCCACUCGCCGAGGUUCCCUCGAGACUACCCCAACCAGCUCAGGUGCGAGUACAACAUCAAGGUGUAUCCGGAUUAUGGAAUCAAGCUCACCUUCCAAGAGUUCAACCUGGAGCCCCCCGCCCCGGGAAGCACGGACUGUGCCUUUGAUUAUCUACAGAUUAUUGACCCGACGACGGUCAACGUCGUGACAGCCGAGAAGCUCUGCGGCUCCAAGAACACUUUUGAACGUCAGAUCCAGUUUAAUGAAGUCAGUCUCAUCUUUGUCAGUGAUUUCAUCACGUUCUACAAGGGUUUCCUGGUUGAUUUCCAACAGAUCUCGCUCGGACAAACCCCACAAACCGUCCAAACUACUAGUUGCAAUGAGCAGCUUACUGCUCCGUCAGGAACCUUCUCUAGCCCUGGUUACCCCGGUAACUAUCCUGACAACUCCUUGUGCGUCACCCUCAUCACUGUUGCCGUGGGUUACCAUGUCAGAAUCAACUUCAAUGACUUCAAUACAGAAGGCUAUACAAGCUGCCCGUAUGAUUAUGUUCUGGUACAAGAUGUUCAGGUUCCUGGUCUGGACGAGAGGUUCUGCGGGCGCAAGCAGCACCCUUUCUCGUGGACCUCGGAAAGUAACGUGGUUUCAGUGACGUUCAAGAGUGACGAUAGGACACCCUCGUCCGGUUUCUAUGCAGCGUACGAAUCAGCGCCGAACGUAGCCGCCGCCGUCGUUGCCCCAGUCACAGGUUGUGAGACGCACUACGGCAUCACCGAAAUCAGCGGAACUUCAGGAACCGUGCAGUCUCCGGACUAUCCUAGCCUCUAUCCACUCAAUGUUGACUGCUUCGUCCGCUUCACGACCGGUUACGGAUCUCGAUGCCAAAUCAACUUCAUCGUCUUCAACCUGGAGGCCUCAAGCACAUGCAGUUACGACUAUGUAAAGGUAACGAGUAUUCCAGAUGGCGCAACCCAGACGUUCUGCGGGUCUCUUGCUCCAUUUGAAUGGCACUCCCAUUCUGCUACAUGCGAGAUCCAGUUCCACAGCGACUCCUACCAAAGAGCAUCGGGCUACCAUGCACAAAUCACAGCUGUUUCUUCAAAUAUCCAUGCACCCUACCAAUCGCAUCAACCUCCAAAUGAACCAGCUUCACCGUACCAACCACCAAAUGAACCUCCGGCACCAUACCAGCCACACGCACCGUACCAACCACCAAAUGAACCGCCUGCACCGUACCAACCAGCUGCACCGUACCAUGCACCACCAAAUGAACCUCCGGCACCAUACCAGCCACACGCACCCUACCAACCACCAAAUGAACCUCCCGCACCAUACCAGCCACAUGCACCGUACCAACCACCAAAUGAACCUCCGGCACCAUACCAGCCACAUGCACCGUACCAACCACCAAAUGAACCUCCUGCACCGUACCAACCGUAUCAACCUCCAAAUGAACCGCCUGCACCAUACCAACCACCUGCACCGUACCAACCACCAAAUGAACCUCCGCCACCAUACCAACCACAUGCACCGUACCAACCUCCAAAUGAACCUCCGGCACCGUACCAACCACAUGCACCGUACCCACCACCAAAUGAACCACCAGCACCAUACCAACCACCACAUGGGCCUCCUGCACCAUACCAACCACCAGCUGAAGCAACAGCAAUAGCCGCAGAGUGCACCCAAGGUCUCCAAGCCGUGGUAGGGGAGAAGAAGUCCUUUGCUUCCCCUGGCUGGCCCGUCAGGUACCCCCUCCAGGUGCAGUGCUCGACCACGAUCACUGCCAGUGCCAACGGCAGGAUAAGGAUAGAGUUCACUCACUUUGAAUUGGAAGGAGACGAAUGCAAAUAUGACUAUGUGCAGAUAUCGGAACCCUACCAGAGUGGCACACCUGAGAAGCUGUGCGGCGUCAAAACUCCGUUCGUCUAUGAGAGCAAGUCUGGCCGCGUGGUUGUAACACUCGUCAGCGAUGGUUACGUGACGAAAAAGGGCUUCCUCGCAACAUUUACGCAAUUCUAGAUUCCUAAAUAUUCAAUUUCAUACGUAUAGCAGCUGAUCCCAUAUGCCUUGCUAUACAAAAAUAUGAAAAUUUUGACUUUCUUGCAAGAAAUGAGUUAUUUUGUAAGUCAAGUCCAUUAUGAAAAUGUCAGUGGUGCCCUUAUUACACCAAGUGUCGGGUUGCCUUUAGUUAUUGAUUGAUAUGCAAAUGAUUUAACCGUAAAAUGUACUAAGUUUUUACUUUCGUAGACAGUGUAAUGGGUUUUAUUCACUGUAUUUGUGUAAUAUGCCUUCUCAGAAAGGAGCAACAAAAAAGAAUUGUCAUAAUUCUAGUGGUUAAUAAAACUGAUCAUUUUGUGUGUAUUGUGCAUUGUACGUUUGGUUGGUGUUUUGAAAAAACUGAAAUGGAGUAUUCAUGAUAUUUAUUUGUUGUACAUGUACGGUACUUAAUUAUGAUUUUGUACUUGUCAGUUUUUAUACCAUGAAGUGAAAUGUUAUUUCCUUGUUUUGCAAUAAUUUUCCUCGAUAUUGUUCCUGCAAAUUUGUGCAAAUGCUUUUUCAUUUGGAUUUUUGAAUCAAUUGGAAAUGAACUUCAAUGUUUGAAUGACAUUUAGACAUAAUUCAACAAGUUGUGAAUACCAAAGAAUGACAGAAUGCGGUCAAUAAAUAGCAUCUAAUGCAGAUGGCCACCUACA